CCUUGCAUCCGGACUUUGUUCAGGUUAAUCGAAAGGUGGCCCUGGACUUGCUCAAUGCAUACGCCACCAAAAUAGAUCCCUUCGAGAUAUUUGAGCACCUUCCCGAUGACAUGCCCAUGCCGCAAUUAGAAAAGUAUCUUGAUAAGUCGAUACGCAAAAAACUGGCCGACAAGCACCAGAUGCAGAUGACUUGCGGCCUCCUAGAGGCAGAGGUCAAUCGGUUAGAGGUCGCGCUACAGGCGCAGCGUAACAUAAGCUUCGAAAUAAACGAGUUCAGUGUGUGCCCCGAGUGUAAAAAGCGAUUUCCCAGUCAAUCAGCAUUCGUGCGCUACCCAAAUGGUCAAAUUGUGCAUCUAUCCUGCCACGAUCGCAUUGCAAGGGCGGCGGCUCAGCAAUGAUCUGGAGUAUACUUUUCCUGAUAGGUAAUUGAAAUAAAAAGUGCAGAAGCCGAUGUAACAGUGUACAAUGUAUAUAUACAGUAAAUAAUUGUUUUAAUGACAUGUAUACAAAUUGAUUCGAUAUAAAUAA